AAGAUCGUGAACAUGUAGCGUUCAAAGCAAACAAUAGCUACCAGGUUUCGAGCAACGUUGCACGAACUGGACUAAAAUUAGGAUUGUGACCCAGAAACACACGCCUCACAAAAUGUCAUAUGAAUUUAUAACACCCGUGUUCACCAGCGAGCAGCCCAAGAUGGCGACUGGAGCAUUCAACCCAGGUUAUAUAAAGUAUGGCAAACUUGGAGAAGGUCAGUUCGGUGUUGUGUACAAGAUAAUGGCUGGCGGUCAACUAUAUGCCCUGAAGAAACUGAAGAAAAUGCCGAACCUAGAUCGGAAUGCUCUUGAGAAAGAAAUAAGAACACUGGAUAUGUGCUCUGAUCACCCCAAUAUUGUGAAAAUGAUCACAGGGUGGAUUGAUGGUGAGAUCGCUAUUCAAAUGGAGUAUUGUGACCUGGGAACUCUGAAUGACUACCUGAUCGAAAACAGACAGGGUGAGCGAAUUUUAGGCAGUUUCAUGCUUGACAUGGCUCGUGGUCUUCGUCAUCUUCACCGAAAAAAGUUCAUCCACAGAGACAUCAAACCCGACAACAUUCUACUGGUAGCACGACCUGGUUAUGUCCCCAUCUGCAAGAUUGCUGACGUGGGGCUUGCUCGACUAACUUUUCCCACAUCAGGUAACACGACAACAAUCUCCUACACAUACUAUAUGACUACCGGGUUGUGCACCCCCCUGUAUGCUUCUCCCGAGGUUUUCUCUGGUCAAUAUACUACAGCAUGUGAUAUAUUCUCCCUUGGAGUGGUCUUCUACGCCAUGCAUUCUUUGCAAACCUUCCACGUAGGGAAUAAGACGUUACUGUAUCCAGUCAUCCCACAAUCAAAUGGAAUGUUUCAUCGUGUAAGUCAAGAAGAGAUCGAGAGCGCAGUCGCGACGCAUGUGUCCAACAGACAGAAAGCUUCCCUGGUGAGGUCUAUGUUGUCACUGGAGCCGCGGGCCCGACCUGGAGCCGACGCUGUGGAGUCUACUAUCAGUUCAUAUGAAUCUACACAUUUCUCGUGCAGCUUGGUUUAAUAUGUCUGGGGCGGUCGGGUAGCCUAGUGGUUAAAGGGUUGGCUCGUCACGCCGAAGACCUGGGUUCGAUUCCUGACAUGGGACAAUGUGUGAAGCCCAUUUCUGGUGUCCCCCGCCGUGAUAUUGCUGGAAUAUUGCUAAAAGCGGCGUAAAUCCAUACUCACUCACUCACUUUAAUUUGUCUUGUUACUGUCUGUGUCAUUGGGGUGUCAUCAGUGAGUAACAGGGGGCGGUCGGGUAGCCUAGUGGUUAAAGCGUUCGCUCCUCAGGCCCGGAUUCGAUUCCCCACAUGGGUACAAUGUGUGAAGCCCUUUUCUGGUGUCCCCCGCCGUGAUAUUGCUGGAAAAUUGCUAAAACCGGCGUAAAACCAUACUCACUUACACACACACAGUGAGUCUAACCCAGAAGAUUUGCCGAUUCAUUUAUACCUCCAUCUUAUAUCUAAGCAGCAGACUUUGUUUGGACUGGAGAGAGAAGGGAUGUAAGAGAGGACAAACUACCAAUUGAGAUCGGAGCUACGUUGUACUAGUAUCAGUCCUUUUUAACCUGAGCAAUAUUGCUUCACCGCAUUCGGACCUUAUUCACUCGAUUGUUCAUUCAUGCGUCUUGUAAAUAUUUCCCUUGUGCAAACUGAUGCUUGCCGGGUUAGCGCCACGCCCAUUGUAAACUACCUCGUAUAUAGUAUUACUGGCUCACGCGGUGUAUAUCCCUAUCUUCUCAAUGACUCGGUAACUGAACGCUGCAUGACAAACAGUUUUAACCAAGGUGUCUGAUGAUAAGGAUUUCAGUUAAGUGUAUCGAGAAUAACUGUAUAAUGAGUAAAGCUAAAUAUGUGUGUAAAUAUUGAGUGUUAGUUUGUGAUAAUUAAUAAACCGGGUUUGAUUGUU